AUGAAACUCGGACACUACAUGCUACCAUUCACCAUCUACAUCGUUGCCAAGACAGACCUAAUCAAGUACAUGCUAAUAAGGCCAAUGUUGAGAGGCAGAAUUGGAAAAUGGACUCUGGCUUUCACAGAAUUUGCUUUCAGAUAUGUUCCUCAGAAAGCUGUCAAAGGACAAGCUGUAGCAGAUUUCCUAGCAGAUCAUCCAGGGGAAGAAAUUGAAAACAUGGAUUAUUUAGAUAUAGCAAAUAUAGAUAUGUUGACUAGAGCUCACACUUGCCUCAACAAUCCCAUCUAUUUAGUUCACCUCACACCUUGGAAGCUGUACUUUGAUGGAUCAAAAACUGAUAUAGUCUCUGAAGCAGGGAUUGUUUUAGAAGAACCACUCAAGAUCAGAUACUGUUAUUCCUUCCAGUUAGAUUUCCAAUGCACCAACAACAAGGCUGAAUAUGAAGCUUUAAUCAUUGGCCUCGAAAUGCUGGUGGAAUUAGGAAUCCAGUCUGUGGAAAUCUUAGGAGAUUCUAUGCUUGUGUUAAAACAGAUUGUUGGAGAAUAUAAGUGUCUAAGUCCUUCUUUAGCUGUCUAUCUAGUGGCAGCCAGAAGCCUUCUGACAGAAUUCAGAUAA